AUGAAUAUCUUUACAUACUAGUCCUGUUUACAAAACUCUGCUUGCAGAUUGUGUAGCUAGCUAUUGCUGUAUCUCUCUAGGUCGUCAUGUCUGAAAAGUCUGCGCUGAUGGGCACGGGCGGCUCUGGUAAGGUGGUGUCAGUGGAGGGCUCGGCUGCAGAGUAUCAAGUGUGCUGUUUCAAGGCUCCCUGUCUGAGCAAGGUCCCAGUGAUUAGGAGUGCCUUCAGAGUCAAGACAGAGGAGGAGAAGGGGACAUUCUCCUCAUCCAUUGCAGUGCUACUGUCCAUGUUGGGCUCUGUAGUGGGGACAGGUAACAUCUGGAGGUUCCCUAGAAUUGUCGCCAAUCACUCCAGUGGAGGAGGUGCUCUGGUGUUUCUGAUUGUGUGGUUUUGUUUCCUGUGGCUCUGGUCCAUGCCUAUCAUUCUCAUAGAGUAUGGCAUUGGAAGGUUCACUAAGAAGUCUACAGUGGAGUCGUUCAACAAGUUACUGGGACCCUCCUAUCGAUUUCUGGGAGCAUUUCAAGGCUUUGUGGGCUUCUGUUUGGGGAGCUACUAUUCUGUCCUGGUCGGCUGGUGCGCCUACUAUCUCCUCAUGUCCGUCAUUCAAGAGCUCCCUGAAACAAAGGCAGACUCUGACAUCGUGUGGAACUACAUGCAGGACUCCAGUUGGCCAAUUCUCUGCCAUUUCUUGGCCAUCUUUGCGUCUGCUUUGUCAGUGUCUCGUGGAGUGUCCACCAUAGAGCCAGUCAACAAGGUCAUCGUGCCUGUCCUCUUACUCAUUGUGGUCAUCUGCUUCUAUUGGGCCAUCUUCCUGGACCAUGCAGACAAGGGAAUUGUUCACAUGUUCUCUCCAGAGUGGAAUAGCAUCAGUGAUCCUCAACUAUGGCUGGAUGCCAUCUCACAAAAUGCCUGGGACACAGGCGCUGGAUUGGGCACCUUCCUGACGUAUGCUACGUUCAUGCGGCGUGAGCAGGGGGCGGUCAAGCUGGGCAGUAUGACUCCGUUCCUCAACAAUAUUGUUAGCCUCAUGUGUGGUAUUCUUAUCUUCUCCACCGUGUUUGCUGUCCAGACGGCCGAGGGAUUUAGCAAGGAUGCGAUUGUGGACACUCUGCGCUUUACCGGAGGAGAGGGAAACACUGGUCUCACGUUUAUAUGGAUGCCAUUGUUGUUCAACAAGUUUGAUGGAGCUGGUCGCUUCAUGGCCAUCAUGUUCUUCCUCUGCCUCACAUUUGCCGGCCUCAGCUCCCUCAUAUCCCUCAUGGAGAUGCCCAUACACAUACUCACUGACUUUGGAAUUCGGCGUAUCCCUGCGACAGUGCUUGUGGGUGUGGCCAUGUUCUCACUGGGCGUGGUCUCAGCAGUGGACACUAAGGUCCUAGUGAACCAGGACAGUGUGUGGGCGUAUGCUAUGAUCCUCUCUGGAGUGUUCCUACUCUUCCUUGUCAUGCGCUACGGACCACUCAAGUUCAGGAGAAACUUGUACAACAAUUACGGCAUCGGAGACUGGCCAUUGCCCAUCAUAUGGGUCAUUAUUGUCGUGCUGAUAGCACCUAUUGAGGGGGUGGGGCUCAUCAUAUGGUGGAUUGUGGAGACCAUCGUCAAUAACCCAGGCGACUGGUGGCAAGUGACGGACACCUCUCUCCUCGUCACACUGGCAGAGUGGACCUUCCUACUACUGGUGGCUAUAGGCCUCAACUGGUGGAUCAAGCCCCUCGUCAUUCACCCACCAGACAACCCCAUCACUCGCAAGAUCCUCGGCUUCUUCUUUAAACUAACUUCAAUGCCCAAACUGGAUUUUGAUGACAGCUCAGUACCCACAGACUAUACACCUCCAGCCUCGCCCCCAGUGGUGUACGGAACCCUAGCAAAAAAUUCGAAGCCAGUCAAACAUGAUGCUGGAUCAUUCCAACUGCACGGAGAGGAUAACGAGAAAGACAGACUUGUGAAGGACUCUUUUGUCAUCAGCGAUGUGGAACUGUAGUACAUGCAUAUCAUUUUCUUAAAGUGAUAAUUAUUGUCUUUUUAGCACUUUUUAUAUUCGUUGUGUGUUUGAAGUUAUGUAACAAGAGUCAUUAUGUACAUUUGAA